AUGUCUAGCUCCGGCAUCAACGCCAUACCCGCAGCCAACCACGAGGAGCAGAGCCUGGCGGCGCCCGCCCCGCCCCCUACGGCCGCCGUCGCCGAGGGGAAAGGGAAGGUGCUUGCGCAACAGGCGCCUGCGCCGGUGGUUCGCAAGCGCAAGUCCGGCAGAGACCCGCAGAAAAGCCCGCCCCCAGCGGCCACCAGAGAGGAGCUGGAAUCCCGGGAGUCCCGGGAAGGCCCCUUGAAGGUCCUUGCGCUCCCGGCGCCAGGGGCCCCGUAUGGUGAGCCGCGCUCGCGCCCCCCCACCCUUCAUGCAAACCCUGUCUCCGAUGACAAGAUGAUGGACGGGAAAAAUGAGAUGGCGCCGGUCCAGGGGGUGCUGCCCAUGCGGGGAAGCAUCGCGGCUUCAAGCUCGGUUGGUGGGGUUGUGAGUGAAAAUGCGGGGAGCUUGGCAGCAGGGAAAAUGGCACCUAGAGGGGCUCAUGUCUCCAUGAUGAACAACCACAACUUUGAUUUGAAUGAGCUACCGACUGAACAUGAGCAGCUCCAGCAGGAGCAGCCGCCCAAAGAGCAGGAUUAGCCGCCUGUGGCACAACAUGAGCUUUAAUAUUCACAAUGGCUGGAGCCUUCUCAAAUCCGCAUCUAUGAGCAAAAUAACUCUUCGCCAGAAGCAUAGCCCUGUUGGAAAUUAUCAAAAAUAUCUCUAUCCCGAGGAUAAUGGGAAGGCUUGUAUGGAACUUUUGAAUUUCUCUCUUCCUACUUUUUGCGAGUGACUAUCAUUAUUGCUAAACAUGAGGGGGGGGAUUUGGUAUACUGCCUCAUGAUCACCCUAUCCACUUGAAAUGGAUUUUCUAUUCAUUUCCCAUGAUGGUUUUGAUAUCUCGAUUGUUUCAACAAGAAUAUAUUCAUUCGGUAAA